UAAAUUGAAAUUUUUCUGUAACAAAAAAAUAAAAUAAACACAAAGAGAAAAUUAAAUAACAAAAAGGCGAAAAUUCGUAUAAUAUUUCAUCUUCGGCGUGAGAAUUAACUCUGCUCCCACUUGUGACUUGUGACUUUCGCAGUUCAUUCAAAUACUUUUAGAAUAAUUUGAAAAUGGCUUUUGAAAAACAACGCUUCAUCAUCGGCCUGUGUUUGCUUUUGCUGCACUCGGCAGUUACCGUUACGUGUUCCAAAGCGGAUGUUCAGGCAGCUGUAAAGGAGACGAAAGAUGAUGCAAAGAAAGCUGAAUUCCCCGAAGAGGAUGCUGAUAUGCUAAUGGAGCCAAAUGACUUCACCCCAGUUACCGUUCUGCGCUCACAGGAACAGCAAUUCCACGUACCACCCACCUACCAGUUCCGCCCACUACCAUCCAAUCCCCAUGUCGUGGCACGUUCCGAUGUACAUCCCAACGUUCCACAGCCAACGCCUGUUGACUCACACACACAAGCUGCACAAAACUACUAUCCACCUUUCUUCCGUGAGGCGCCACCACUGGGCCACUCACGCCCCUACUUCCCCAUACCCGAUAGCCCGGUGAUACCGAAAUUUGCAGCGCCACAUCCCGAACAAGUGCCACUAGGUCCAACACAACGCAGCUUUGAUCCCACUAUUUUAGGUUCCGGAGACUUUGGCGUGCUGCGCGGCGGCACUUUCUACCCCGAGGAGGAAAUGCCUUAUCACACCGAUGAUAAUAGCGAUUUCAAUCAAUACUACGGCGAUGCGAAUGGACACGGACGCCCCUCGAACGAGGAAUUCGUGCAGAAGUAUACCUACCCCGAAGAGCAAUUUGCCGAUUUUCGUGACUUUGCCGAUAUAAAUACGCCGGCCGAUUCGGCGUUUUCGCAGUUUGUUGUUGUUUAUGCGGCGAAAAAUUCAACCAAGCCAAGUACACAUCCACGUCCGAAGAACAUUUUUGAGCAAUUGGAGCUGCUUGAUCGCGAGAAGGAGCAAGAGGAGAAGGAGGAAAAGAAGCGACGAGCGAGCAAAUCCAAAUCGAAGCUUUCCAAAACGAAAUUGCAAAAGAAGUAUAAGAAGAAGACGAGUCCCAAAGACCUGGACUAUGAGCCGCUUUUGGCCUUAAGUUAAGCUGUUAGUGGUAGGGGUGGUUAAGCAAAUUGUAGUAUAUGACAUUAUUUAUAAAGUAAGUGAAAGAUGGCAAUACAGUUAAACAAAAACUACGAAAGUAAGAAAUAAACUUUGGCAGAAUACAUGCUGAACAGCAUGAAACCGUUAAUGCGAGCGUGGCAGUUAUCAUAUUCAUUAUUUUCUUCCCUUUCAUAACAUUCAUUGUACAAAAUAGUUUCAUAAAUGUUGUUGAUAACGGUUCGAAAUGGAGUGCGCAUUUAAAGUUGGAUGCUGGACGUAAAACCUAAUUCAAUUUGGAAACCACUUAGUGCCGGCUAAUGCCUUAGUUGAGGACUAAUCAUUUGAUGAAACUUGCUCACUGUCGAAAAUGUAUUUAUCAAACUUUCACUUAGCAUCGUAUUUUAUAUUACUUGAAACCUUUUCAGUAUAGCCGAGCUCAAAUAUAGUUACAUAAUAUGUAUUUCAUACGUUUAUCGCUCACAAUUUUCAUGAAGCUUUCAUUUUGCAGCAUUUCAAAGCAAUGCUAGGAACGGAAGCUUCGUUUACAAUAAUGCCAAGAAAUUAGUUUAUUUUUCAAUAACGGCUCAUUUUCAUAACUAAUGAUUUCUGUUUCUUAUUCAGAAACUUUAACCUAUCAUUGAACCUUAUUUAUCUAAAUUUUGGUUCUACGUAACUUUCAAAAAUGUCAUUCAACC